AGGGUGUUGGCAUAUCCUCUUCACCGAGACGCCGAGAGGGAGUAGGCCUAUUUUCUUGUCCUACUAGUCAGUUGGUGUGUGUUGAAACACGCGAGAGAUUUCCCAAUUUGCUCCAAAGUUUACUGGAUCGCGGAUACUAAGCAUCCGAGGUGAGUUUCGAGAAAUAAAGCUGAGUUUGUUGAUAACGCCACUUCUUCAAGAUGUCUAAGAUGUCUACGAUUUCCGCAUUGGUUUUGAUGACACUUGUGUCCCUUGUUUUUGCUGAAGAAGUCAAUUCUGAACAUGAUCCCUUCACAUUCGACUACCAUAGACUCCGUGUUGGAGGACUGAUCCUGGCUGCUGUCCUUUGUCUCAUUGGCAUCACCAUUCUAUUCAGUGGCCACUGCAGGUGCAAGUUCAACCAGGACAAGAGGAGAAGGACAGGAAGCAAUGCUCAGCAGAUGCUCAAUGACCAAGGCCGCGCCAGUGAGUGCUAGAAGCUGAUGCCAGAGCCACGACCCUUGACCUUUUGCUGGACGUGAAACCAACGAGAUAACACAUAGGCUUUGAGAGUCCUGAGACGUUCAUAAUGGGCUGAGGUUGUAGCAACAAAAGGGUACCAGAAAUGGGGUCUUGAGCUACUGAUUGGCUGAUUACACACACACACACACACACACACACACACACACACACACACACACACACACACACACACACACACACACACACACACACACAUACAC